CCAGUGUUUAAUGGAGGCGCGAUAUGAAAGAUUGGACUUCGUGGCACGUGCGGCAUUAAAGCUUAUUAUGAAAUUCAGCGCACGUGCUUGGUUAGACGGAAACCGAGCCGAUUUAUUGCUGGACGCGAAUCCUUGGUGCUUCACAGCAGCGCUCGUCUUCGGUUGAUAACGCUGCGCGAAGUGGGCGGAUUUUAGGACCCGCGGGUGGAUUUCUGUUCGAAUAAUAAAAGUUGUGGGGAUCCGUUCGCUUGCCGACGCGAGACAAAAGCAGCCGGACUCCAUCAGAAAGUGCUCGUGGGUCACCCCCGCCCUCCCCGCCGGUGCCGUUCCGAACCUCUCCGCUGCGGCGGUGCAGCAACCAGACAAAGCCGAGCGUAGCGAUCCCUCCGCCUGCUUCACUCAUACAUGUAAACAGACGCCGGGAAAGGGGGCGCGCAGGCUGCCGUGUCCGUGUUUUCCGGCAGAGAGGGCGUGAAGCAUGGGACGCAGCUCCUGUCGGGAGCCGAUCCUGCCACACACCUAGAGCUCCGAAGCCCGUCGGAUCAUCCGCUGCCCAGCUCGGCUGUGAGGAGAGGCGCGGAGCAAUCCUAACGGGACAUCCCUCCGGAUCCCCUCCGGUGGAGAGCUUCCAGGAUCCCGUUUGGAGGGGUUCAGCUGAGGACCGCAGGCUGGCCCAGGUCACAUUGAUGCUGCCUGGUGCUUCUUGGUACACGAUCACCCCCCUCUGGACGCCAUGGCGAUGAGCAGUGACCCGGGCUGCGAGAGGCUGGACCCCAACUCCUCCAAACAGACGAGCAGUCUCACCGACAUCAUGGCCGCCAUGACGACGAAAGACCCCGAAGGCUCGUCUGCCAACGGCGUGAAGAACGGAAAGGCUCAGCAGGAGGGCAUUCAAGGCAAGAGGGUCCAGGUGCUGCGACCUCACCUGUCCGGCAGGAAGCUGUCCCUUCAGGAGAGGGGCACCUAUCUGUCGACGGGGUCAGAGGGAGGUUACACACACAUCUCCCCUCGAGGGGCUCGCAGGCCCACGGUGGAGUCGAAACGGGUGUCCAUAUCAGACUCUCAGGAUUGUAUCCAGCUGAACCAGUAUAAACUGAAGAGUGAGAUUGGAAAGGGCUCCUAUGGCGUGGUCAAGCUCGCCUACAACGAAGAUGACAACAAACAUUAUGCCAUGAAGGUGUUGUCCAAGAAGAGGUUAAUGAAGCAGUGUGGUUUUCCACGUCGCCCUCCCCCAAGAGGACCCAAGGCAGCCCAAGGAGAGCAGCCUAAAGUCUUAGGACCCUUGGAAAGAGUUUACCAAGAGAUUGCCAUUCUUAAAAAACUAGACCAUGUCAACAUUGUCAAGCUGGUGGAGGUGCUUGAUGAUCCAUCGGAGGACAACCUCUACAUGGUGUUUGAGCUGAUGCGUAAGGGUCCAGUGAUGGAGGUGCCAACAGAAACUCCUUUCUCAGAGGAGCAAGCACGGCAAUACUUCAGAGACAUCAUCCUGGGCAUUGAGUACCUGCACUACCAGAAGAUCGUCCACCGGGACAUCAAGCCGUCCAACUUGUUACUAGGAGACGACGGCCAUGUGAAGAUAGCUGACUUCGGAGUGAGCAACCAGUUCGAGGGCAACGAUGCUCUGCUGUCGAGCACUGCAGGGACUCCUGCUUUCAUGGCGCCAGAGACUCUGUCAGAGAAGUGCAAGAGCUUCAGUGGGAAAGCGCUGGAUGUGUGGGCCAUGGGAAUCACCCUGUACUGCUUUGUGUUUGGGAAGUGCCCAUUUAUUGACGAGUACAUAUUGGCUUUGCACAAUAAGAUAAAGACCAAGCCUGUGGAUUUUCCUGAAACACCAAACAUCUGCGAAGAGCUGCGGACGUUAAUCUUGCGGAUGCUGGACAAGAACCCGGACACCAGAAUGACCAUUCCUGAGCUCAAGAUGGACCAGUGGGUGACCCAGGGAGGCACUGACCCUCUGCCUUUGGAGGAGGAGCACUGCUCCAUGGUGGAGGUAACGGAGGAGGACAUCCAGAACUCUGUGAAGUUUGUCCCCAGCCUCUCCGCUGUGAUCUUGGUGAAAGCGAUGUUGAGGAAGCGCUCGUUCAGCAACCCCUUUGAGUGCCCAAGCAGGCGAGAGGAGAGAUCCAUGUCUGCACCUGGCAGUCUGCUCAUGGACUCGUGGCCCUUCAGGCCCUCUUUAAAACUGCACCCUUCACGCAGAAAGAGCAGCGCGGGGGACGGGCCCAGAGAAGGAGAGCUGGAGGACCUCCACGAAGACGAGCCUUUCUCUUGAGGCGCGACGGGAAGCCGAGCUUUCUGCUUUGACCACUGUGUGCUCCACGCCUUCACCCAGCUCCAAUCGGUGCCACAGUAAACCAUGUAAAUAAAUGGAUCUAUAAAUGUGAAAUAUCGCUCGCAGAUGCUAAUGCUAACUUGGCUUGAUUUUAGAAAAUUCUUCAUUUUCUUCUGUUCAUUCUGGAUUUCUGAGCUCAACAGCUUACAGGUGACACCGCUGACCCAGUGAGAACAGCUUUUUUCUCACUGGGUCCACUUGGUUUGCACACUAAAGUAAAAAAAAAAAAAGGAAAUCUUUCUUUGUUUCCAUGCAUGCUCAUUAUCAGAUCAUCUACAGGAUCUACUCAACAGUUUCUCUCUGACUAGCAUGUUAACCACACUGGUUCGUCUCUUCAGUGAACUACAGGGCUUCUGACUGCUGAUCAGUCUUUUUAAUUUUAGAGGCUGAUUCCUUGUUCCUGUCGCAGCCCUUUUUUUCUCACACCGGUGCCGUCGGUAACGUUUACAAGGAAGGCAGUAUGAAAAGCCUCCGUUCUGCCUUCAUGGACCAGCUCUACGACAGAAAGGACGUUGGCUUUGCUAUGCAUGCACACAUUUUGAAUGGCACUGCCCCCUGCUGUCUGACAUCAAGUGACUCCAGUGUUGGCAGGUUAGUUCACGCUUCUGCUCCUACUCUGCGAUUAUCACUGCUGUCAAACACAAUCUCUGCUUUUAAUGUAAAUAACAGAGAGGACUUUUAAAAUGCGGCAUUCUGAAAGGUGGAUAGAAACGCAGACGAGAACUCCUGGAGUGUUAUCAAAACUGUAAAUAUAUGAUACAUACAUAUAUGGAAAUUUGUUUGCGUUUUUGCUCAGGAUUCUUUUUUUCCACUGGACAUUCAGUGAAGGGCAUUUUUUGUUUAACGUUAAUUUAAAAAAAAUGGGAAGCAAGUCACCUUCAGGUUCAACGGUUUGUAUGCAAAUGGUUAAACGUGUGCCAGUUCAUUAAGAUUCUUUUUUGUAUUUGCUAAGAAAAAAAGAAAAACAAAAAAAUUAUCUGUACAUGCAUCACCAGAUCAUUCUGAGGUUCCGAGAAAAAUAUGUUGCUUUGUCAUUUUCAAAAACUGUUCCCUUACCGAACUGCUUGGCUGACCUUUGAAAAAAAAAAAUGUCAUAAACCAUAACAGAGAGAGAUGAGUGAAGGUCGUGAGCUUUACGGCCUCAUAAAGCGUGACAGAAGAGGAAAUGCACAGAUUUUUUCAUAAGUAAAGUUCACAGUUACUCAGAACAGUUGGCACUGACUUAGAAACCGACACUUGUAGUUUACUCAGUCUCUGCGGACUCAGCUGUACAGUAGGGAUGUCCUAAUCCAAUCCCUCGAUCGGCUCUGCGUACCAAUCUAUUUUUAUAACACCUGCAUCAGUCCCAAACUAAAAUAAACCCCCAACAGCUGUCGGAGUCUUAUGCUGCAGCCCAAUGAAACAAGCAGCUGCAAUUUGCAAACCCAGUUUUUAAAGUUUUAUUUUAGUGCGAAAGGCUUGUGGGAAAAAAAACCCUUGUUCUAUACUUUAAACAUUACUUUGUUCAUCUAAAGAAAAUCAGGGUAUUCUGUAACAAUUAAGUAUUUUUCACUCUAUCUUAACUUAUGCCAUGAAAGAGAGACUGUAAUGUUUGUUGGGGUUUCCUUUGUGUUUCAGUCGUGACCCGCCCCGUCCUCAGGAGAGAGAGCAGCACAAAAAGCAGCUGAAACACCAGUUAUUAAAUUUUUUGACAUUAAAAAAAUAGGUUUAUAAAGCAGGAGAACUGUUUCUCAAAGUUUUGGCUGUAGAUAUUUAACCAGAAAAGCAUUGAAAUAUGUUACUAGACAAAUCAUAUCAAGCAUGCUAGCGUUAGCCUUGCUCUUGAGCUAAUUGCUCCACAGGGCAGCACCGUCAGCACGAGCAAGACGCAUUUGAGUCGGAUACGUUUCUUAGUAACAAAUGAUAAAUAUUUACACAUCUUAGGUGAUUCUUUGUCAGAUGAUUUUAGUAGCCCUUCGGAACCAAGCUAAGCUCGCCGGAGCAGCAUAUUGAGACUGGGAUAGUAUUUCAGUCGCUGUGAGUUAAAACCGAUUCACAGUCAAUUUUUAAAUGACUCACCAGUUUCUGGGACAAAAGAUCCAUAUCGAGACAUCCCUCUUGCAUCGUUUGGGUAUUUCUUUCAUUUCACUGGACAGAUUUCAAGCAAUUCCGUAUAAGAAUAAAACUCUUUCCAGGCCAGAACCAUCUAAUAUCCAGUGCAGCCCUUCACGUUCCUCCAUCUUGACCUUAGAAAUCUGCAUUAAUGAAAACAGAGGACACACACUGUAAGUGAUUUCUGUACUUUUAUGCACAAGGGUUUACACAGAUUUUAAAGACACUCCAUUUUAUCACAAAGCGGGUAAUGGAGAAUGUAUAAUGUGUUUGCAGUUUUGACCUUUAAUUUGAGUUUGUGUGUCUGCUUGCAGGGUGUCCUCUAUAGAAGGGCUCUUGAAACCAAAAAGUGUGACCAGCUGUGAUGUAUUUGCUUGUAUUUAUUUGCUUUUAAGAUUCACAUAAUUCUUUUAUAUUUUGUACAUUUCUCUAAAUCUGCAGUAGUAUGUUUCUAUGCAGACGGCUGUGAAAUUGUCCACACAUUUUUGACUUGUUGCACUGCCAGAGAUCACUCAUGUUGCUUUCUCUUGAAUCUAUAUUUUAGUAGAACGGAAACACAGCUCACAUUGAAACGAAAUGAUUGCACUUUGAAACACACAGCUUUGUCUACAGGCUGCCAUUUUAUACAGUUGCCAUUAUGUACAGUUUCCGAGCUGAUGGUUCACCUGUAAAAGACCAUAUUUACUGUGCUUUUUUUCUGCGAUCAGUCUGCAUGUCGCAAUUAUGUCAUCCACUGUUUGAGAAAAUUUGGCAAACUGCUUUUUCUUUGUGUCAAAACAAAGUAGAGCAAAAACACUGCAUUUUAACUGCUGUUUUUGAUGUGUAUGUUCAUAUUAGGGAAAAAGGUGAAUGUUGUAAAACAAGGGCAAACUUUUAUUUAUUUAUUUUUUUGUCUUUCCUGCUGAAAUGUCAAUUAUAACAUAGAGCAGGGUGCAGAGUACAGGAGCAGCCAGAGGGGGCAGCAUUGAGUUUGGGAUCUUCUUCUGUGAUUGAAUCCAAAUACAGCAUUUUUUUAACAUGA